AUGGGGUACCCGGGAUCAACCCGUGUUGAGCGGGGGCACGACUCCCGAGAAUCUCGGUCAAGGUGGAACGGGUCUUGCGGCCCGGCCCGAAUUUCUUGGGCUCCGCUCCGAAUUGUUGACUUGCCACGUGUCAGUCUCUCGAACGAUCCAUGUGGCGGAUCAAAAAGGAAAAUGAUGUCGCAGGAGCAUAAGGCAAGCUAUCCACUGGCCACGGCCAAUGGGCAUGGCCGAAGCGAUGCAGAGGCGGCCACGUCGUUUUCGGACGAAGAGCUCCGCCGGCAGAAGCGGAAGAAGUGGAUACUGUAUAUCAUAGCCUUUGUGAUCUUUCAGACGGCUGUUAUUGCCUUGUUUUCCAUGACGGUGAUGAAAUUCAGAACUCCCAAGUUUCGGAUCCAAUCCGCCACAUUCAACCAUAAUUUCCAAACAUCAAACUCUCCCUUCAAUCUGACGAUCGGCGUGAAGAACACCAACUUCGGCCCUUACAAGUUCGACAACACCACCAUCUUGUUCUACCACCAAAACGGCGCCCUAGCGGGCAGCGCCGCCGUCCGGAAGUCCAAGGCCAAUUUCCGAUCGACCAAGAAGCUGGACGACGUCGCCGUAGAUUUGGUCAUGCCGGACUCAGGGAUCCUGCCUCUGACCGCCAAGGCGGAGAUGAAAGGGAAGGUGACGAUCAUGUUCAUGUUCAAGAAGAAGAAAUCCACAAAGUUGGAUUGCUCCAUGGAAGUCAACACCAAUACAAAGGCGCUGCAGAACGUGAAAUGCAAGUGA